ACUUGACUCUCAUCUCGCCGGACUCUCUCUCUCUCUCUCUCUCUCGUCGCGGAACCCUUUCUCCCCUCCGCAUAACCCCGACGGACGACCACCACCUCCAGGAUGGUUCUCUUCAAGCGCAAGCCGGUGCAGUUCCUGCCCGUGCCCGAGAUCGAAGAUGAAGACCGAGAGGUCUGGCAUAUUCCCCAGACCGGCGAGAUCUUUCUCACAUAUGAGGACUACUUGCACAGAAUGGAUUUCUACAAACAGAAACGCUUCAUAUGUACCAUCAGCGGCCAUUCCGGUCUGACUUUUUUCGACGCGCUCGAGAGUGAGCUCGCCGGCGCUGCCGAGGUAGAUCAAGCGUUCCCCGAAGCCCUCAAAGGGCCCAUCCUUCGGCGCGUUCAGUUCCAAACCGUGUCCCGCAUCGAUACCCUAGUCGACCAACUCUACGAUGAGUUCAAGAACGACUAUUACCCCGGAGAGGCCGUCACCGUGCACAUUUUGGGAGGCGAGAGGCUCCAGGGCGUCGUGAGGGACAAGACUCGGUUCGGCAGCAAGGUGCUCCCCGAUGGCACCCUCACGCCGCCCUUCUCGCGCUACUUUGUCAGCCUGGACGAGCGACCGGACGAGGAGGCCGUGGUGGACGACUCGCACAUCUUCCGCGACCGCAAGGUAUUCACCAAGGCCGUCCUGCGCUCCUUCAUCAAGAAGACGGUAACGAGGGAAGCAUGGAACGGCGCCCCGUGGCUGGUCAAGCAUGACGUGGCCGAGAAAUACCACAUCGACACGCGCAUCCCGCCGCAUCUGCGCUACGACAACAAACUCCUCGAGCGCAAGCAGCUGCAGCUCCAGAAGAAGGCAUCGCAGUUCGACCCCACCAUGGUGACUCCCACGCCCGUCAGCCCCACCGGCCUCAAACUCCCCGAGCUGAAGCCCGCGCCCAAAAGCCACAAGUCCAAGGCGCAACAGGCUCUCCAAGCACAACAGCAUGCGAUCAAGGGGAAACAUAGCACGUUUGGAGGCCACGAGCCCGGCUCGUUCGUCCACCUGCCGCUUCCCGGCAACCCUUUCCAGUUCCCCAUGUCCUUCCGUGGCCAGGUGCCUCCGCCCGUCGUCAGGCAACGCGAACCGACGCCCCCGCCGCCGCCUCCGAAAUAUCCGAUCGAGGACUUGCAGGUCGAGCCUCGGAAGCUUGUCCGGCCGCAGCUGAAGUACCUGUGCAGGGAUACGCCGGUCGAAGUCCAGCCCGAUUCAAAGUCGCCCCAGAGCGACAAGAUUCGCAUGAAGUCGGUGGGACCGCUGCUCGAGACGUGGGACACGCUGAAUGUCUAUUGCGAGAUCUUCAAGCUGGACUCGUUCACCUUUGACGACUUUGUGGAAACCAUGCUGGUCGCCUCGGCCGAGACGCCGGUCCAGCUCUUCGACGAGAUUCAUUGCGCUGUGCUCAAGAUCCUGGUCGAUUCCGAGGCCGAGGGCGGCAAAGUGCAGAUUCAGUUGCCGGAGUUGGAAGAGGAAGAGGAGGAGGAGGAGGAGGAGGGGGAGGAGGAUGAAGAGGAUGAGCAAGAAGAGAACGCCGCGCCUACGCCUGAACCCGAACCACAACCCUCGGGCCGCGCGACUAGGAGAAGCCUGGCCAGAGCGGAGGCGGAGAGGCUGGCGGCGGAGGCGGCAGCAGCGGAGAGGGAGUUGCGAGAAGCCGAGAAUGCACCGAAGCAUCGGGCGGAAGAGCUCCUCCGGGAUUACGACUGGAUUGAGCACCUGAGGAAGCGCGAUUUCAAAGACGGCGGCUGGCAAAUGAUCAUGGUCGGUCUGUUGCACCACCUCUCGAGAAAUGAGCGGCUCCACGUGAGUUGCGAGGAGCUACUCCAGCAGCUGGUCCCGACCGAUAUCGAGCCCAGCCAGGAGACGGUGCGCCAAAGAUACUCUGUCCUGGACGUCAACUACCGCGUCCAAGCGCUGCAGAUCAUCUGCAUGCUCACGUCGGAAACCAAGGCAGUCCGCGGUUACAUGGAGGAUUGCAGUGAGACAAUGACGGCGUACAGAAAGGAGAAGAUCGAGUGGCAGAGGAAGAGGAAACAAUUGAUCGAGGAUCUCAAGGCUCUCAACGACCAGCGGAAGAUUCUGUUACCCGACAACCUGCCUCCGAGCCCGCCUCUGGAGCCAGUCAAGACCAAUGGGGACGUCAAGAUGUCGGAUGUCGAGGACCUCCCCGCCAACACAUCGGAUGAGGUUCCGGACACGGACGAGGACGGCCCGACGAGGAAACUACGCCGGGCAAACGAUCGCGCCGCAGAACGCAAACGCAAGGCGGAGAAGGAGCAGGAACGGAAGGAGAAGGCCGAGGCGGCUGCCAAGAUGCCGAAGCAGUCGAAGCAGUUUCAGCGGGUGCUUAAGGACAUCCAGAAGAAGGAGGACGAGAUUGCCGAGUGCGAGCGCGAGAUUGCAGUCAUCGACAAUGACCUGCGCGAGGCCGACUGCCCGCGCACGCGCGUGCUCGGCAAGGACCGCUUCUGGAACAGGUACUACUGGUUCGAGCGCAACGGCAUGCCCUACGGCGGCCUGCCCGAUAGCUCGACCGCCUGGGCCGGGUAUGCCAACGGGUGCAUCUGGGUGCAAGGCCCGGACGAGCUCGAGCGCGAGGGAUACAUCGACAUGGCGCCCGAGUAUCAGGACGAGUACAAGGCCAAGUUUGGCAUGACGGUUCCGGAGCGCAAGAAGAUGGAAGAGGGCACCACCAGUGUGUUCAACGCCUUCCAGUGGGGCUACUAUGCCGAUCCAGAGGACGUCGACGCCCUCCUCGCCUGGCUCGACCCGCGGGGUUUCAAUGAGCUGAAGCUGCGCAAGGAACUGGUCAACUACCGCGACAAGAUCGUGACCAACAUGGAGAAUCGCAAGAAAUACCUCGCCGAAUCCGAGCAACAGUUGAAGGAAAAGAACGCCCAGAAUGACGCCGAGUCUGCCGCGGGCCCGGCGUCUUCCGCUAACGCCACCACCACCACCACUACCACCACCACCAAGCGAAUGAGCACUCGCGCCCGCGGUGUGACAACCAUUUCGGCCCCUCGCCUGCAAGACCAGGCCGACGAGUCAGAGCAAGCAGCCGCGGCGGCGGCGUCGUCGUCGUCAUCAUCAUCACCAUCAGAGAAGACGACGAAGCCGAAAUAUUACCGCUGCAUGAAUUGGCAGAACACGAUGGCACUGGACGAGAUUGGACACCUGCACAGCGUAGAACCGCUGCCGGCGAGGCCGCGGAAGGCGACGAAGAAGAAGGAGGCGGCCAUGGCUGCGGCUGCUGCCAAGGAGGCUGCUGCGAAAGAGGCAGCCAAUGCGGACUCGGGGGAGAUGAUGGUGACGCGGAAGAGGGGAAAGCAGAGUGCGGGAGGCAGGUGACAAGGCGAAAUCUCUCUGUCUUUUUUUUUUUUUUUUCCCCUCCCUGUUGAGGCUGGUGUUGGGCUCAGUUCGCCGGGACGCGACACAGCCCCGUGCCGUUCCGAAUAGUCUUG